AACAAAAUCUGCAGUGUCAGUAAUUUUAGUGUUGUAUGAUAAACUAGUGUAUAUCUGUACAUAAUAUUGUAUAAUUGAUCGGGUUUUAAAUAUAAAUCAUCGACGUGUCGAAGAUUAAGCAACACGGAUGUAAAAUCUGAGAGAACGAAAGGAAAGUUGAAAAAUGACAAAGAAAAGAGAAGGCCACACGAAGAAACGACAUAAAAAUGACAACAAUAAGUAUGGAAAGAAAGAAAAUUCUGACAAGGUGGAACAAGAAAACCAAAAGGAAAAGAAAAUACCAAAAGAACAUACUCCUUUUCUUACUACAUGCUAUAGAUAUAUCAAAGGAUCAUGUGUAUUUUUAGUUACACUGCCGUUGAAACCUUUUAAAAUUGCAUAUAUGAUUAUGAUUUGUAUUUGGACCAAUUUUUGUGCUUUUUGCGGAAGAUUUACAAAGAUGUUCAGUUUUAGACGUACGAAAAGUGAAGAAAGAAUGGGAAAUCAGGAAGAAAGUGCUGAUGUCAAGACCAGAUCAGAGUCUCAGAAAAAUACACAGAAAGUGAAAGUACUUGAACAAGAAAAGAGACAAUUCUCAAAAAGCACAAAAGACUCAAAUGGAAAGCUGAAUUUAAUGGAGGAAGAGAAAGAGACAACUUUGAAAAGACUUACAGAAUACGAGGAGAAACUCAAAACUAUGGAGUCACAGAAGAAUAGUUCGUUAAACAGAAUAAAAGAAAUUGAGGCACAACUGAAUUCGACAGACAAAGAGAAGAAUUCAGCCUUAGAAAAAGUCAAAGAUAUCAAGCAGAAAUUGAAAACUGCAGAAUCAGACAAAGGAGAUGCGUUGAAAAAAAUAAAAGAAUUUGAAGCAAACAUGAAAUCGACAGAGAAAGAGAAGACUUCUGCUUUACAAAGAGUUAAAGAUUUGGAACAGAAAUUGAAAGCUACUGAAUCAGACAAAGAAGAUGCUUUGAAAAAAGUCAAGGAUCUUGAACAGAAAUUGAAAGCUACAGAAUCUGAAAAAGAGGAGGCUUUAAAAAGAAUAAAAGAAUGUGAAGCAAAACUGAAUUCGACAGAGAAAGACAAGACUUCAGCUUUAAAAAGAAUAAAAGAAGUUGAGGUCAAACUGAAUUCGACAGAGAAAGAGAAGACUUCAGCUUUACAAAGAGUCAGAGAGUUCGAACAGAAAUUGAAAGCUACAGAAUCAGACAAAGAAGAUGCUUUGAAAAAACUGAGAGAAUACCAAUCUGCAAAUGUAUACCUACAGACAGAAAAUAAAAAUGGAUUGGAAAGAUUAACGGAAGCUGAAAAAUGUGUACGUUUGCUGACUCAGGAAAAGUCUGAUGCUUUAACAAGAUUGAGUGACAUUAUGGGAACAAAGCUAAGGGACAACAAUCCUGCUAUCACAGACCUAAAUGAUCCGAAUCGACCAAUGAAACUAGGAGAUCAGUUUAGUGAAUUGUACGAGAACGAAUGGACGGAUGCAUUUUCAGACAUAGUGGAUUGUAAAAAUCUUAAUUUAACAGAAAUCGAAACCAUUGCGGUUCUUUUAGACAUGCUAAAGGAGGUUUAUAAUAUAUGUUUGGAGGAUAUAGAAGAACAGUUAUCAGGGCAUAAAAAGCUUGUACAUGGUUUCAGUGAUGACGAAAUUGAACCAUUCUUAAAAACAGCUAAAGAGUCAGUGAAAACAAAUGCCGCAAAUUAUAUACCUCUACUUUACAGAAAAAUAACUAGUAGUACAUCAACAUGUAAAACAGUAGCUCAGUAUAAGGACUUCAGUCUACAAUAUAUAGAAAAUUGUGUGAAGAUUUGUUACUUCGCAGCAGUUCAAAACCCGCCUAUGGUGAUAGAUUUUGAACCUGUACAAAUAUUUGAUAAACAAUUCUAUAGGGAAUAUACCAGAUCAGGCACCAGUGUAGAAUAUGUAGUCUGGCCGGUCCUAUAUUUACAUAAAGGAGGUCCCAUUCUAUCUAAAGGUGUUGUGCAACCAAAAGAAUAAAAACAAUUCGGAUACUGAAGUCGAAAUAUAUAAUUCAACCAUUGUUGCCUUAAAUCACGAGAACUAAUCUAAAAUCUAAAAUAUAUUGUAUUCAUAUUUUCUUUAUUAUUGAAGCUGCUUUACUGGUUGCAUCCAUAUACGAUAAUAUUUUUACAUUUGUGAUUUCGAUGCCUUUAAAGACCAUUCAAUGA